AUGCCGUUCUAUGAGUCUAUGAUUCUCCUGGAGCAGGUACCAGUUCUCCAAACAAACAAUGGUCCUGGUCUGACAGGAUUAAUGACCAUAGCUGCCCACCUAGUUAAACAGGCUAAGAAAGACCAACUGCUUGGAAGAACUGCAGAAGAGAAAGCUGUUGUUCAGCAGUGGUUGGAAUAUAGAGUGACUCGUGUAGGUGGAAGCUCUAGUAAAGAAGAUACCAGAAUAAUUCUGAAGGAUCUUAAUGUACACCUGGAAGAUAAAGUUUACCUUGCAGGAAACAUUUUUACCUUAGCAGAUAUUUUGAUGUACUACGGAUUGCAUCAUGUCAUGGUGGAGCUCACAGUGCAAGACAAGGAGAAAUACCUUAAUGUGUCACGUUGGUUCAACCACAUUCAACAUUACCCAGGUGUCAGACAACAUCUGUCUAAUGUCGUCUUUAUCAAGAACAGAUUAUACACUAAUGCCCAUUAAGGAAAAUCUUAGUGUCCUUUUGGAAGGCUGUUUGGGAGUUUAGAAGUUAUUCUGUCCAAAAUCACUAACUUGCAAAUACUGGUUUGUAAACUUCUGUAUGUGAACCAAAACUGUUGAUGCCUCAAAUAAUCCAAUUGCAUUGAAUUACUGUUGUCCAUUCAAGAAUUUUAACUAGUUAAAGAAUUGUAUCAUGUAUCUGAUUAAAUGAAAAAUGGCAGAAAGAUGGAAAUUGAGUUUUAAUUCACUAUUUUUUAAAAAUAGAAAGUUCUUUCAAUUAAACAUUUGACUGUAUUUACAUGGGUUUUGUAGGAAAGAAUUACUUAACUUUCCUUCAAUUAUUCACUCCUUUUGUUAUUUAUUGAAUUUGUACGUACGUCCCGCUUUCUUUUCAUUUUCUUUUCCAUGGAUGUUUACACUAGUUUUGUAAAAGUUAAGAGCUAUAUUGUGUGCCAAGGAUGUGAAAAAGGGAACAUGCAAAUGUUACAAAGUAUUUAUGUGACUGAAUAAAUUAUUUUAAAACUG